AUGGGGCGGCCGGGCAGUCCGACGGAGAACUUCCACGGCUUCGAGGAGAACGAUCUCUCCAACCUGCCGGCGCUGGUCGAGAAGGUCCUCGAAGAUCAGCAUGAAGAGCUCCUGCGGCACUUGGACAAGCGCUUGGAGCGCCACUUUGCUCAGCUCAUGAACGGUUGGUCGCCGCCACCGCCGCGGCAGACCUUUUUCUCUCAAGCCUCGAAGCUCUCGCGGUCGACCAGCCGGGUGACCGGUUCCAGCUUGCCGGCACUGAAGCGAUUGCAGUCCGAGCUGCCAAAUCCUCCGUCCAUGCCCCGCCAAAUGUCGCCCGCAUCGCCCAUGUUCCGCCAAAUGUCGCCGGCAUCGCUCAUGCCCCACGGGAUGUCGCCCACAUCGCCCAUGUCUCGUGGGGCGUUGUUCGGCUACGAGUUGACGGAUGAGCCUCAGAUGCCCAAGGUGGUGGCGAAUCUUUCGGACAACUCUGCCAGCAGCAACCUGGUGCUUCCGGUCUCCCUUGACGAGGAGAAGCAUGAGGACCCUGUCAGCGCGACGGGGACCUCCGGCCGCAACACCGUCCAGUCCGCCGCCUCCGAGGUGAAACACUCGGAGGAGGGGCUGAACAGCUAUGACUUGGCUCACCGGCAGGGCUCGAAGGUGGACUUCUUCAAGAAGCAGAUGAUGAUGUCCUCCAGCGAUGUGGUGGGAGGAUCAGAUGAGUUCCAAGCGAACGGUGUUUGGUCCCGCUGUCAACAGCGCGUCGCCUACGUUGUAAAGUCCAAUCUUUGCGAGCUCUUCUUCGCUCUCAUGAUCGUCACCAACUCCGUCUACUUGGGCGUGCAGCUGCAGAUGAGCGCGACCGACCCCAUCCAUGCGAAGGAAGCGGAACAAACCUUUACCGCGGUGAACUUGUUCUACGCUGUGGUCUUCCUAUUGGAGGUUCUGCUGCGCUUGGUGGCCUCGGGUGUGAAGAGAUAUUUCCUCUACCCUGGGUGGGGCUGGAACUGGUUAGAUGUCUUCGUGGUCACUUCGACCUGGGUCGAACUGGCGGUCAGUAUUUUCGAGGUGGAGGGCGCCAACGGCAUCUCCAACAGCAACCUCCGCCUACUGCGGGUGGUCAAGGUCUCCAGACUAGCGCGGGUGCUGCGGGUGCUGCGCAUCGUGCAGUACGUCCGCCCGCUGCGGACCCUGAUGCACUGCUUGGUGGACACCACGAAGUCCUUCGUGUGGGCAAUGCUCUUGUUGAUCCUGAUGAUGUACGUCUUUGGGCUCCUCUUCACGGACGCCUGUCUCGACUACCUGCGCGAGGCAGACGUGAACUUGGAGGAUCCGGAGGUCAAGCAAUUCCGCCGCUUCUUCGGAACCGUCACCGCCUCGGUGACCACCUUAUUCCGGGCCAUCUCCAAUGGCCUUGACUGGGGCGAUGCCGCGAACCUGCUACAGAUGUAUUUGGACGAGUUCUGGGUUCAACUCUUUCAUCUCUACAUCUCCUUCAUCAGUUUUGCCGUCUUGAACGUCAUGACCGGCGUCUUCUGCCAUUCUGCCAUCAAGGCAGCUGAAAGGGAUCACGAGAUGGUCAUCCAUGGGCUUUUGCAGAACAAGAAGGAAUUCAAAGAGUUGGUCUCGAAUCUCUUCUACCGCAUCGAUGAUUUGGGUCUGGGGAUGAUCACCAUCAGCGAGUUCGAGCGCCACUUCGACGACGACGCGGUCCGCGCCUUCUUCGAGUCCUUGGAGAUGGGCGCGGCUGACGCCUGGACGCUCUUUGCCGCGCUGGACGCGGACGGCGACAACGUCAUCAGCCUCAAGGACUUCACGGAGCGCUGUAUUCAGCUGCACGGUCCUGCGCGUUCGGUGGAUCUCUACGCGCUCACACAACAGAACGCGAAGUUGCGGGAGCAACUCAAGUACAUCGAGGAGAUGCAGCACUACCUGGCACGUGUGACAUUGAUGCGGCCAACGGGUGCCCAACAGGCCAAACCGGGCGCAGACAAAGGCCACAUGCUGAGGCCCAUGAUCGAACAUGAGGAACUGCCCAUCGGCAGCACCCUCACGUUCCGGCGAAUCUGGGGGUGGCGGCCACGGCUUCGCCGUGAGGUUCCCAUCGAAUGCUCCCUUCAUGUUUUCGCCAACACCACCACCGAAACUGGAAUCCUUGAUGCCCGAACAUCCAGGAAGGUGGACGAUAGGAAGGAAGUGGCCACUGCGUCUGUGGUUUCAGAGCAGAUUGCACAAUACACCCGUGACCAGUUUGAGGUCCUGCGAGAGCAGCACGCCGAGCUUUUGGAGCGCUUGGAUGGCUGGCUUCACCGCUUGAAUGAGACCCUUCAUGCGAGGGGAAGGGGGGCUUUGCCGCACGUGCCUUCAUGGCUCGUUUGGGUUGGCUGGCGUCCUGCCCAUCUCGAAGUGAAGAGCACCAGUGCCGACCUGCAAAAGAAGGUGCUAUAUCUCCCGGUGGCCCGCCAUGAGUGGAGUCCACCAGUGCCCAACGAGCCAACCGCAUCACUGAACUCCGAUGCUCCGUCGCAGGGGGCCGGUGCCGUCGCUGGACACGGCGGACACGGCCUUCACGACUUUGAGGCCGCCCACAACUUCCCUGGCCCCAACGGCCUCCCCGAGCUGCGGACGCGCUCCACGCGCUCGUCGCGCUCCUCCGCGCGGCGGCCGUCGAUGUCGAUGCUGUCGGAUGCCAGUCUGGAUAGCUAUUCGCGUGCUUUGCGCAAGGGCAGCAAGGUGGACACCUUCAAGAAGAUCGUCUCAGAAGAGGCAUCCAUGGCCCAAAGCUCGCCCAGUGCCUGCCGGAGAUGGUGCGCGCGGAUCAUGGGAUCACAAGCGGCAGAGGUGAUCUUCGCCAUGGCCAUUCUGAUGAAUUCGAUCACCGUUGGCGUGGAAUUGGAGUGGAUGGCAGCGAACCCGGAUGCUCCAGGCUAUCCGUUCCUGGCUGCGAACUGUGUCUACGCUGUGGUCUUCUUGGUGGAGGUCGUGCUAGGACUGAUUGCAUUUGGUCCCAGGCAAUACUUUUGCUCUCGUGGAUGCCUCUGGAACUGGCUGGAUGUCUUCGUGGUCUCAACGUCGUGGGCUGAGCUGGUCAUCGUCUUCUUCAGCAUCACCCCCUUCGGUGUGUUGCCCAGCGGCAGCUUGCGCAUGCUGAGAUUGAUCAAGGUCAGUCGCGUCGCUCGCGUGCUGCGGGUGCUGCGGGUGGUGAAGAUCGUGCAUUACAUCCGGCCCUUGCGGACGCUGGUGCAUUGUGUGGUGGACACCACCAAGUCGUUUGUUUGGGCCCUGAUCUUGCUUCUCCUCAUGAUGAUCUACGUCUUCGCCAUACUUUUUACGGACGCUGUCCUCGACCAUCUCAGCGACAUCAUCGUCACAGGGACCAACCCAGCAGACAUCGAGCGGAUAGAGGAGAUGAAAACUCUCUUUGGAACGGUCUACUUUUCCAUCAGCACGCUCUUCCAGUCCAUCUCGAAUGGCUUGGAUUGGGGUGAAGCGGCCCUCGUCUUGUCCCAAGUGGGAGUUCUUUGGGUGCUCGUCUACAAUUUGUACAUUGCAUUCACCAGCUUCGUCCUGCUGAACGUCCUGACUGGCGUGUUCUGUAACAGUGCAAUCAAAGCAGCGGAAAGCGACCAUGAAAUGGUAAUUCAGUCGUUGAUCUACAGCAAGAAGAACUUUCAAGAGCUGGUGGAAAACCUCUUCCACAGGAUUGAUGACCUGGGACUGGGGAUGAUCACCAUUAGCGAGUUCGAACGGCACUUCAACGAUGUGCAGGUCCGUGCCUUCUUCGAAUCCUUGGAGAUGGGCGCAGUGGAUGCUUGGACCCUAUUUGCCAGCUUGGACGCCGAUGGCGACAACGUCAUCAGCUUGCAGGACUUCAGCGAGAGAUGCGUUCAGCUGCAUGGGCCUGCUCGCUCGGUAGACCUGUACUCCCUGAAACAGCUCACUGCCAAGCUGCGGCAGGAGCUGCAGCUGGUCUCUGACGCGUUGCUGCCGGCGGGCGACCUGCGCGGCUCGACGCGGGGCUUGAGCAAAGAGCGUGGCACCCGUCGAGUCUCGCCUCCGAUGGUGGCGACCGUCUCCGACGAGCAAUCCAAGUCGCCCGUCGAACUGUGA